AUGUUCAGCCGCCCGUGCUGCUGCCAGCUGCCGCUCCUGGCUGACGUGGAGGGCCGCAGGCGGCAGCGGCUGCGGCGGCGGCCCUCCUUCGAGACUGGUGGUCGGCGGUCCCGUCACGCGGGGCGCGGCAAGGCCGCCGGAUGUCUCACCGUGUCGCAGAGCGGCCGAGAUGCCCGCUACGCAUCGCCGUGGGUGUGUGGACGCUGCGCCAUGGACAUUUUGGCCCUGGGAGAGUGCACCACAGCUGAUUAUGCGUGGCUAGACGAUUGCCCAUAUGUGAGCGAUACUGUCUAUACUUCUGAAUUUAUUCCCAAUGAUUAUGUUCGUGUGACUCAACUCUACUGUAAUGUUGUGGGUAGGCAGUAUAAAGAUCACGCCGAAAGUGAGAGAAACUUGGAAUUCGACAUCUGCAAUAUGUGGUGUACUAAACCAGUUUCUGUCCUGCGAGAUUACUGUGAUGCCAUUAAAAUUCACAUCUUCUGGCCACUUCUGUUUCAACAUCAGCACAGUUCCAUAAUUUCACGGCUGUAUCCCUGUGUGGAGGCCAAUAGUUUUCAUGCUUCUGAGAUAAGUUUGAAGGAAUUGCAACAUCUAGAGUUGAUGGAAGAUAUUGUGGAUUUGGCGAAGAAAGUUAUGAACAAUUCCUUCUUUAUUGGAGGCUUACUGAGAAUUGGCUAUAAAAUAGAAAAUAAUAUAUUGGCAAUGGAAGAAGCUUUGAAUUGGGUGAAAUACACAGGCGAUGGAGCAAUUCUAUCUAAAUUAGGAGCAGUUGAAAAUUGUUGGCCUAUGUUAAGUAUUUUCUUUACUGAAUACAAGUACCACAUAACUAAAGUUGUAACAGAAAACUGCAAUAUACUUGAAGAAUUUGAAAGACAAACUUGUUUGGAGUGUAUACAGCAAGGAGAACUAAUGAAAAUGAAAGGAAAUGAAGAGUUUUCCAAAGAAAGAUUUGAUCUAGCUAUUCUCUAUUACAGCAGAGCCAUUGAAUACAGUCCUGAAAACCACCAUCUUUAUGGUAAUCGAGCUCUUUGUUUUAUUCGCACGGGACAGUUCAGAAAUGCACUUGGUGAUGGCAAGAGAGCCAUUAUUCUGAAGAACAACUGGUCAAAGGGUCAUUAUCGUUACUGUGCUGCUCUUUCUUUGCUGGGAGAAUAUGACUGGGCCCUGCAAGCAAACAUUAAAGCUCAAAAGCUCUGUAAAAGUGACCCUGAGGGAAUUAAUGACCUAAUUCAGCAGCAUGCUAAGUUACAAAAACAAAUGGAAGAUUUGCAAGGCGGAACAUCAACUAGGAAUCCAGUUAGAGUCUUUUAUGAAAGCAGAGUCUACACACCUAGUCUAACAUCACCUGCGUUUAGUACUUCACUUAACUUUGUAGAGAUUGAAAGAGAUUCCGAAGAAAGCUACCACGAAAUGGCAUACGGUAGCAAUCAACAUCUAACGGUGGCAGAUGAAGCUUUGAAUAUAGAUGAUGGUGACUGUCAUCCUGAAUUUCCACCACCAUCAGGCCAGUCUCCAAAACAUAAAGGAAAACAAAAAUCUCGAAACAAUGAGUUGGAGUUCAGCUGUAGUUCACAAGGGAACUUUCCAGCAGAUUUGAAAAACCUCUUGGACAAACAGUUCUCUAAAUCUUCCAAAGCUGCACACCAGGACUUUGCUAAUAUAAUGAAAAUGCUGAGGAGCCUGAUCCAGGAUGGGUACACAGCUCUGCUGGAGCAGCGGUGCCGCAGUGCGGCCCAGUCCUUCUCGGAGCUGCUCAACGGCCUGGAUCCGCAGAAAGUAAAGCAAUUGAACCUGGCCAUGAUUAAUUAUGUCUUAGUGGUGUACGGACUUGCUAUUUCUCUCCUUGGAAUAGGACAGCCUGAGGAAUUAUCUGAAGCUGAAAACCAAUUUAAGAGGAUGAUUGAACACUACCCCAAUGAGGGCCUUGAUUGCUUGGCUUUCUGUGGAAUUGGAAAAGUGUACUUGAAAAAAAACAGGUUUCUAGAAGCUCUUAAUCACUUUGAGAAAGCAAAAAACCUGAUUUGUCGACUCCCUGGAGUGCUAACUUGGCCCACAAGUAAUGUGGUUAUUGACGAGACUCGGCCGGGGAAAAUAAAGAUGAUCUUAGAUAAAUUUAUUGAAGAAUGCAGGUUCCCUCCAGUGCCAGAUGCUGUUUGUUGCUAUCAGAAGUGCCAUGGAUAUUCCAAAAUCCAGAUAUACAUCUCAGAUCCAGACUUUAAGGGUUUUAUACGAAUCAGCUGUUGCCAGUACUGCAAAAUAGAAUUUCACAUGAACUGUUGGAAGAAGUUGAAAACAACAACCUUUAAUGAUAAAAUUGACAAGGAUUUUCUACAAGGAAUUUGUCUUACCCCUGACUGUGAAGGUAUUAUUUCUAAGAUUAUCAUCUUCAGCAGUGGUGGUCAAGUUAAAUGUGAAUUUGAACACAAAGUCGUAAAAGAAAAGAAGGUUCCUUCAAAACCUAUUCUGAAACAGAAAUGUUCUAGCCUAAAGAAGCUAAGACUGAAAGAAGACAAAAAACUGAAGAGAAAGAUCCAAAAACAGGAAGCAAAAAAAUUAGCACAAGAAAGACUGGAAGAGGAUUUACGGGAAAGUAAUCAACCCAAAACGGAAGAGCCUAAAGAAACGGUUGCCCGUGCUGAGAGCUGCCAGUUCCUGGACGACAGGAUCUUGCAGUGCAUCAAGCAGAACUCCGACAAGAUCAAGUCCGGGGUGCUGGAUGCGUCCAAGCUCCUCAAAGAGCUGCUCUCCUGGAAGGUUUUGAGCACAGAAGACUACACCACCUGCUUUUCCAGCAGAAAUUUUCUAAGUGAAGCGGUGGACUACGUCAUUCGUCACUUGGUUCAAGAAAAUAAUAGAGUCAAAACAAGGAUAUUCCUGCAUGUUUUGAGUGAGCUGAAAGAAGUGGAGCCAAAGUUAGCCACUUGGAUCCAGAAACUUAAUAGCUUUGGUUUAGAUGCCACAGAAUCUUUUUUCUCCCGUUUUGGAGCAUCUCUCAAGGAGCUUGAUUUUAGCAUCAUGACUUUUCUCUGGAAUGAGAAGUAUGGUCAUAAACUAAGCUCUAUAGAAGGAAAGCAACUUGACUAUUUCUGCGAGCUGGCAUCAUUGAAGGAAGCCCGGUGUCUGAUUUGGCUGCUGGAAGAACACAGAGACAAGUUUCCGGCCUUGCACAAUGCGUUAGAUGAAUUCUUCGAUAUCAUGGACAGCCGCUGCACGGUGCUGAGGAAGCAAGACAGCGGGGAUCUGCCAUUUAAUUCUCCCAAGAUAAAAAACAAAGGCAAGAAAAAGAAGCCAAAAGAUUUAAAGCCUAUGUUAGUUGGGUCUGGAACAACUUCAAUAACACAUAAUAAUGAGAAUAUCACUUCAGGUGAAGACCAUAAGCGCAAUUCAAAUUCCACAGGCCCAUUUGUAGUGCCUGACCACCUUCGGCAAGACGUAGAAGAAUUCGAAGCUUUGUAUGGACAGCACAGCAAUGAAUAUGUUGUCCAUAAGAAGAAGGUGUGGGACAUUAACCCAAAGCAAAAAAGUUCAACUCUGUAUGAUUAUUUCUCUCAGUUGUUGGAAGAGCAUGGUCCCUUGGAUAUGAGUAACAACAUGUUCUCUGAAGAAUAUGAAUUCUUCCCAGAAGAAACUCGUCAGAUACUAGAAAAAGCCGGAGGUUUGAAAUCUUUUCUCCUAGGAUGUCCUCGUUUUGUUGUGAUUGACAACUGUAUUGCUUUGAAGAAAGUUGCAUCACGACUCAAGAAAAAGAGAAAGAAGAAAAACAUCAAGGCAAAAGUGAGAGAAGUAUCAAAAACAGGAGAGUGUUUACGAGGCAAACUGCCGCUGAAUCCAACCGCUAGGGAAUUUAAACCAGAUGUGAAGUCCAAAGCAGUGUCGAGUUUAUCUUCAGCACCAGCUCCUGGAGAUGUGAAGCCCCAGCCUGCAUCUGCUGAUGCUCCCAAACCAGCCUGUGAAGCUGAGAAGCCACAACCAAUGUCCGAGAAUUCUCCCAGGCCAGUCUCAGAGGGCGGGAAGCCCAAAGAGGCCUCUGCCAGUCCUCCCGAAGCAGCCUCUGAGGGUGCGAGCCGCCAGCAAGCAGCCUCUAAGGAGGUGAGCCACCAGCGAGCAGCCUCUGAGAAUACGAGCUGCCAGAGAGCAGCAUCUCAGCAUGCGAGCCGCCAGCGAGCAGCGUCUCAGCAUGCGAGCCGCCAGCGAGCAGCCUCUACAGAGGUGAGCCACCUGCGAGCAGCUUCUCAGAACGUGAGCCUCCAGCGAGCAGCAUCUCAGCAUGCGAGCCGCCAGCGAGCAGCCUCUCGGCAUGCGAGUCGCCAGCGAGCAGCCUCUGAGGAGACGAGCCGCCCACGAGCAGCCACUCGGGAGGUGAGCCGCCUGCGAGCCUCCUCCGUUUCUCCCAGGCCAGCUCAUGAGGACGUGAAAACAACCUAUUGGACUCAGGCCCCAAUGGUCACAGGGUAUUGUACAUACCUUCCCUUUGCGCCAUUCCAGGUUGCCCCACCACCACCAGCAUACAUAAGCAUGGUGCCGACGUUGCCCCAAUACACUCUUUACACCCCGAUGGCCACCAUCUCAACCGAGUAUCAGCUGCAAACCUCGGUGACAAUGGUGUCCUCUUACAUAGCCAAUGACAGGCCAGGUCAGAGUGCUGCUGUGUAUUGUGAGGGGCGCCGUCGUCUGAAUGCUGAGCGUGCCCCUGGCCACCAGAUUGCCUCAGAAACACACAUCCCUCCGAACUCUUUGGAGAUGUCAGGACAGUUACAGUGCGGCACAGGUGGUGCUGCCCCAGCCCAGAGUGAGCCCAGCAGAAACCAUGGUCACUGUGCAAACGCUGCCCACAAGCAGGAAGCAAACCCAGAAAGGACCGAUGAAGCAACGGAUAUUCCACAUACACAAGUGUUUGCCACACAGGUGUCUGGGAGUGUAGCACAUCAAGAAGUCAACACUGAGCCAUAUGAUCCUUUGGAGGCACAACAGGAGGAUAUUUCACAGAUUGAAAAGGAGUCCCACGUUUUACAAGAGCAGCUUAAGGAAGCCUGUGAAAAUUACGAGCAGAGAAAACUCCAGGGCUCAGAAGAGACCAGGGACCUAGAAGAAAAGUUGAAAAGGAACUUGGAAGAAAAUAAGAUCUCAAAGACAGAAUUAGAUUGGUUCCUUGAAGAUUUGCAAAAGGAAAUUAAAAAAUGGCAACAGGAGAAAAAAGAAAUACAAGAGAGACUAACAACACUAAAGAAGGAAAUGAAAAGGGUUUCAGAUGCCACUGAAACGUACACCCAGAAAAAUGAUGGACAUGAAAAGGAACACGAAUUCCUUCUGGAUCAGUCUUCUGAAACCAGUGAUACUUUUACAAAUGAGAAAACGAAAAUAGAAGAUCAAAUAAGGAGAGGGAAGGAGCAAUAUGAAGAGAUUCUUCAAAGAGCUGUGGCUGCAGAGAUAUCUGUGCUUGAAAACCAGAAAGAGAUGGAAGUGUUUAAGUUACAGAUCAUGGAAUCACAAGCUGAAGGGUAUCUGAAGACCUUGAGCCAAUUGCAAAGUGAUCCUGCAGCAUAUCCUGAACUAGAGUCUGACAUGGAUUCAUGGGAAUCAUUUCUUUCUGAUGUUAGAGAAGAAAUUGAGAAAACAGAGUCUCAGUUUGAAGAACAAAUUAAGGCCAUUAAAGCUGGCUCUCGGCUCAGUGAGCUUUCUCCAGUGCAGAUCUCCGAGCUUCCGUUUCCCGCAUGGAGCGCAGUUUGCCCGAAGUCACCUCCUGAGUCUCCAGGCCUCGAUGAUCAGGGUCCCUCGACAUCUGCAAGUCCCACAGCGGUUCCCAGGGAUCCAAGCCUGGUCUUUGCCGGUGAUCGCCCAGUGGGGGCUCCCUCGCCACCCCUGCCAGCAUCACCCUCCGCUCAGCAGGAGUGUGAGAGCGCCCGCCCGGCAGCUCGGCCCAAACACAGCCUCCCGUCUGAUCAGAAGCCGCCUGCUGCUCAGGGACGCGCCGCCCGUCCCAGCCCGUCUCCAAAGAAGCCGUUCAACAGCAUCAUCGAGCACCUGGCGGCGGUCCUGCCCGGUUACAGCAGCACCGAGCUUGCUGGUUUCAUUAGAAAAGUGCGAAGCAAAAGCAAGACCUCGCUGUCAGGACUGAGCGUUGAUGAAAUCGUCCAGAGGGUGAAGACACACGUUCUAGGGGCACAGCAAAGCCAGCAGACACUGGGUGCACAGUCCUGUGAGCUCUGCCAUGAGGCGUUCAAGACCAAAAACGUGCUUGUGCUGAGCUGUGGGCACAAGUUUCACAAAGGGUGCCGGAAGCAGCAUCUGAAAUGCCAGAGCACCUGCCCGGCCUGCCUCGGAGAGUGA